UGGUACGCUCCGGUCCGCCUGGCCCGGCUGCAGUGGAUGUUGCUAGAACCCACGCGGAGGAAAGAAGAGACGCAGGCAGGCUGCGGUGACCCAAGCGGCCGCCCCUGCCUCAGGGACCCCUUCCCCGAGAGACGGCACCAUGACCCAGGGAAAGCUCUCCGUGGCUAACAAGGCCCCUGGGACAGAGGGGCAGCAGCAGACGAAUGGAGAGAAAAAGGAGGUUCCAGCAGUGCCCUCAGCCCCACCUUCCUAUGAGGAGGCCACCUCCGGGGAGGGGCUGAAGGCAGGGGCCUUUCCCCCAGCCCCCUCGGCUGUGCCUCUCCACCCCAGCUGGGCCUAUGUGGACCCUAGCAGCAGCUCCAGCUAUGAGAAUGGUUUCCCCACUGGAGACCAUGAGCUCUUCACCACCUUCAGUUGGGAUGACCAGAAAGUUCGCCGAGUCUUCAUCAGAAAGGUCUAUACUAUCCUGCUGAUCCAGCUGCUGGUGACUUUGGGUGUCGUGGCUCUCUUUACCUUCUGUGACCCCGUUAAGGACUAUGUCCAGGCCAACCCGGGCUGGUACUGGGCAUCCUACGCUGUGUUCUUUGCAACCUACCUGACCCUGGCCUGCUGUUCUGGACCCAGGAGGCAUUUCCCAUGGAACCUGAUUCUCCUGACCAUCUUUACCCUGUCCAUGGCCUACCUCACUGGGAUGUUGUCCAGUUACUACAACACUACAUCUGUGCUGCUGUGCCUGGGCAUCACGGCCCUCGUCUGCCUCUCAGUCACCGUCUUCAGCUUCCAGACCAAGUUUGACUUCACCUCCUGCCAGGGUGUGAUCUUCGUACUGCUCAUGACUCUUUUCUUCAGUGGACUCAUCCUGGCCAUCCUCCUGCCCUUCCAAUACGUGCCCUGGCUCCAUGCAGUGUAUGCCGUGCUGGGAGCAAGCGUGUUUACGUUGUUCCUGGCAUUUGACACCCAGUUGCUGAUGGGUAACCGACGCCACUCGCUGAGCCCUGAGGAGUAUAUUUUUGGAGCCCUCAACAUUUACCUAGACAUCAUCUAUAUCUUCACCUUCUUCCUGCAGCUUUUUGGCACCAACCGGGAAUAAGGAGCCCUUCCCACCCUCUCCUGCCUUCAGAGAAUGCCCCCUUGCUGGUCCUCUGACCUUCCCUGUGCUCCUGCAAGCCCAGAUAUAAAACUAGCUGCCAGCCCAGCCUG